AUGGAAAAAUCGGAGAUCCUUGUCCACAUCUCAGCGCCGUGCGGGGUGAGCGACGACGCCCACUACCGUGCUCAAGUUGAAGCUAUUCUCGGCUUCCAGAGUACCUCACGCCAAGUUCUAACUUUGAAACCAGACGACAAUAAUAAUGGCCAUGAUUAUACUAUCUCUACCGCUACUAGCGACGGACUAUCCCGGCCCCAGUUACCAUCCAACAACCCGCCACUCCAGGGCCCCGUAGUUCCCACUAAUGAUACCUCCAACAAUCCGGCUAUCAUAAUCUCUAAUAAAACCAUCGAGUACGAGGAGCGUGAGCUGUCUAAUGGGCAAUCACAUGAUUCUUCCCCGAAAGACUACCUCGAUACUCCAGUGAGUGUCAUUCCGGAUUCUCAAGCCGGAAGGCCACCUUCGGACACCGCCAACCUGCAGGAUGUCGACCAUCAGCUAUCUACCAUUCGAGCUCCGAGUUUCCCAUGCUCUGCAGAUUCAAUUCGUGCAAAGCGAUAUCAAACACAUUCGCCGCCGCUAAGAAGUGGUCGAAAGAAACUGCGUCAUAGCCCGUGCAGAAACGACAAAGCUAAUGGCACUCAGAUCAGAGAUCCCGCUGUCCAAUCCACAGCUUUGUCGACAUUCGUUAGCACAAGCUUUCCUGUGGAAAUCAGACCUCCGCUACCUCCCGUAUCAAAAGAAAAGUUCACAACACAUAUUACGCCAACUCUAGAAAUGCUAGCCGCUCGUCUGAAGAGCCGGACAUACCGACCUCUCGAACAAAUUAGAGAGCUAGACAAAUUAGAAAGAGGACAUUGGUAUCUCCGCAUUAACGUCGUGGAGGCGGAGGCGCAUGACCCCACUAUCCCCUGGCAGCAAAGCAAUGGAGCUUGCAUCUGGGACCUGUCCACGUUCUGUCGCUUCUGGUCAUUCUUAUCGGAAUUCAUUAAAGAAGGCCGUGCAGGCUGGGGAGUAUGGUGCAUAUUAGAAGAUUUGCUGAGUGCCCAACUACCACACAAUAGCCAGGAGUCAGCGCUACGGGAAAUGGAUAUCCGUCAGCUGACUCUCAAAACCUAUGCGUGGGGCGAAAUAGCCUCCCAUAUAUAUCUCCUCCUGUUCCUGGCUAGCGAGCGUCGAAUUCGCAAGAUGGGCGCUCAGUGGCGGGAUAGUCGGGACGACGUAGUUAUCCAGAUGCCUUGA